AUGGAUGGCGUGAAGAAAAUACAUUCGGGGACACUGUACCGUAACGGACCAGUCGAAGGCGCGUAUGGUCCGCAACACAGCCCCGUGUCGCGGUCGGACGCCUCGACCGAGGACGCGGAACUCUCUGCUGCGCUUGCGCACCAACACCACCUCGCUAUGCAGGCUGGAGAGUACCCAGUGGGCGGAGGCGUGGAGGCGGAGUACAGCCAAUAUGUGUCGUCGCCAGCAGCCCACUACAACCAUAUGGGACACCUUACAAUGGCGCCUUCUCAGAAGUACCCUCAUGUGAUGGAAGCGGUGUCCGUGGGAAGUGGGUACGGGGGCGCGGGCGGCGCGCACUACGGCACGUACGCGCACUACGGCGCGGCGUAUCCCGCACAACCGGCGUACCUCGUCGAUCCGCAGAUGCCGCCGUAUAUGACGCAGGAGUAUGUAGAAGGCGGCGGUAGCGCUUCUCCCCGCAGCGCGUCUCCUGGAGCCCUCCCACCUCAACACAAUUUACAUCUACAGCAAAGAUACGACUCGUCAUCCCUCGAGCAACUGGGGCGGCACUACUGCGUGACGUCGCCGCGCGGCGAGUACGCAGCGGACGCGUACUCGUACCAGCACUACCCGCCCGCCAUUGACCCGCACCACCCGCACCCCGCGCAGCCCUUCAAGGAUUCCCAAAAUGGCCUAAGUUUAGGUAGUACAGGGGGUCAAUCUAUGUAUGGCGAUGAGGAAGAACUACAAAAACAAAUGGCGGGAAUGGCGUUAGUUCACGGCGGUGUAGGCGUAGGCGUCGGCCGGGAGGAGGGCGGAGGCCUGCAAUGGCGGGAUCCAAACUUACCGGAAGUGAUCGGCUUCCUCAACUCGCCCUCGGACGUCGUGAAAGCGAACGCGGCGGCCUAUCUGCAGCACCUCACGUAUAUGGACGACCCUAACAAGCAGAAGACUAGAAGCUUGGGCGGCAUCCCGCCGCUGGUGCGGCUGGUGUCGCACGAGAGCGCGGAGGUGUCGCGCAACGCGUGCGGCGCGCUGCGCAACCUGUCGUACGGCCGCCAGAACGACGAGAACAAGCGCGCCAUCCGCGACGCCGCCGGCAUCCCGGCGCUCAUGGCGCUGCUGUGCCGCACCACCGACAUGGAGGUUAAAGAAUUAGUAACGGGAGUUAUAUGGAACAUGUCAUCGUGCGAGGACCUCAAGCAAUCGAUCAUAGACGACGCGGCGCAAGUGAUCGUGAACAAAGUGAUCAUACCGCACUCCGGCUGGCACCCCACUAAUCCUGGUGACACGUAUUGGUCCACGGUGUUCCGCAACGCGUCGGGCGUGCUGCGCAACGCGUCGUCGGCGGGCGAGUACGCGCGGCGGCGCCUGCGCUCGCUGGCCGGGCUGGCCGAGGCGCUGCUGCACGCGGUGCGCGCCGCGCUCAACGCCAACGCGAUCGGCACCAAGAUCGUCGAGAACUGCGUCUGCGUGCUGAGGAACCUGUCCUACCGGUGUCAAGAGAUAGAAGAUCCACUGUACGACACGAGAGCACCGCCCACGCAGUCUACGGGCCAGGCGCGGAUACAAGCGAGCGCUUCCAAAGGAGAGAAUUUGGGGUGUUUCGGCGGCAGUAAGAAGAAGAAGGAGGGCUCGUCGUCAAACUCGACGAGUCCACUGGGCAAGAACGAUUCGGACACUCAGCCGAUGGACACAGGGACUAAUUCACAGCUUGGAUAUAGUGUACCGAAAGGCACUGAAAUGUUGUGGUCGCCUGAGGUUGUACCUUUAUACAUGGCGUUAUUGCAAACGUGUUCGAACCCCGAGACGCUGGAGGCGGCGGCCGGCGCGCUGCAGAACCUGGCGGCCUGCUACUGGCAACCCUCCAUCGACAUACGGGCCGCUGUUAGGAAAGAGAAAGGCCUGCCGAUCCUCGUGGAGCUGCUGCGCAUGGAGGUGGACCGCGUGGUGUGCGCGGUGGCGACGGCGCUGCGCAACCUGGCCAUCGACCAGCGGAACAAGGAGCUCAUCGGGAAGUACGCGAUGCGCGACCUGGUGCAGAAGCUGCCCAGCGGCAACCAGCAGCACGAUCAGGGCACGUCGGACGACACGAUAGCGGCGGUGCUGGCCACGCUGAACGAGGUGAUCAAGAAGAGCGCGGAGUUCUCGCGCUCGCUGCUGGAGGCGGGCGGCGUGGAGCGCCUGCUCGCGCUCACCAAGCAGCGCCACCGCCACACGCCGCGCGUGCUCAAGUUCGCGGGUCAAGUGCUGAUGACGAUGUGGUCGCACGCGGAGCUGCGCGAGGUGUACCGCAAGCACGGCUGGCGCGAGCCCGACUUCCUCACGCCCGCGCGCGCCGCGCAGCCCGCGCGCUCCUCCAGCGCCAGCGGUCAGGGCACGCCGUCGUCCAACACGAGCGGCGCGCCGCACUCGCCCAGCAACGCCAACAGCACGCUCAGCCGGCCCAUGGCCUCCACGGGCGGCACGCGCUACGAGGACCGCACCAUCCGCAGGCAUCGAGAGAACGAUGACAUGCCAACAAUGGACGUCAACAACUACUCGGAAGGGCUCGGCAUGGGCAACCCCAACGGCAGGCCAAUGAACCUGCAGGGUGUGCAAGCGCAGAUGCCACCACCAAACACACGUUGAAUUCCGCCAUAUUACAUUUUUUUGUUUAUUUUCUCUUCAAUAUGGAUGGAGAAUGGAUGGCAAGAACUCGGGCAGAUAUUGUGUGAUGCGACGUUCGUUCGCGUAUUCGUUACGUGUUUGUUCUUAUUCUGUGACAUUCGUCCUAACUUGACUCUGACCUAGCAAUGAACAAUUGCCGAAAACCGGAUUCGUUUCCAAUAGCUUGUACUCCAUUUUCAACAAUCAAGGGUUGUUUCGUUCCCUCAACACACCAAUUACGAUAAAUUUAACAAUAAUUCGAUAAGUAAUUCAUGGAAACUUUUGAUAUUUAAAUUAUUUACGAAUUAGGAUUGUUACAGUAAUCUAUGCAUUUAUAUUCGCGAUUAAAUACGUGUUAAUGUAAGAUAAAUAUGAUAUAAUCAUUGAAUAAUGAAUUACCAUUUACAGUGCUAAUAUUUAAUGAUGACAAAUUGUUUAUAUGGAUUUUAUUUAAAACAAUGACACAUUAGAUAAGUAAAACUAUGGCAGUUUUUUAAGAUAUUUAAAUCGUUCGAUCAUUAGUCGGUUAUAAUUUUUUUUUUCGUAAUGUGAUCAUGUCAAUUCCCCCUGUAUAUAUUCGUGCCAUUAUUGAUGUUUAAAAAGGGGCUCGUAGGCGUCGUCUGAUUGUGAAUAAAUGUUCAUUUUAUAUAAUUUACCCUGUUCAUUAUUGCACCUCUUGAGUUUUAUCGCGAGUUUCAAUUUCUAUUUGAUUUAUUUAAUAAAUUUUGCAUCGAGUACUUAGUCUGUAUCAUGGCUCAAAAUAACUGUUUCACAACGCCAUUCCCAUAGUAUCAGCAUGAUUUCAAUCAGCUUGCAACCCGCUGUUAGGAACAUAAGUUAACCUUCGUGUUAGGUUAUCAGAGCACGAUAGUUAUAACUGUGAAAAGUAUAUUUAUACACUUGGGAAAUGGCAUAUGAAUUGAAUAAUCGCGUAAUACAUAUUCAAUAAAUCCGACUCGAAGGACCAACAUCGUAGUUGAUAUAAUUAAUAUGUACGCAAUUGUUUCCAGUGAAUAAAUAUACUUUAAUAUGAGAACGCGUGAAAGCGGAUUACAAUACUGUUAUGGUAAAUUCAAACUAUUAUAAAAUUUUAAAUUAAACAAUAUUUGUAAUCAAAAUAAGAGUCUUACGAAAGUACGAAACGGUUUUUAUAUAACAUUUUGUAUCCAUUCCAUAAUCCAGCACAUAUAACUCACUCAGAUAAAGAAUGGGAUUGAAAAUGGCGAUUAAACUGUUUUGGAGCAUACAUGUGAGUAUAGACGGAUAUAGUGAGCGAGAGACAAAUUGUGAAGCCGACAUUUUCAAUUAAUCUCCUUAUCUGACCGAGUAGCAAAGUGAUUGUACCGGAGAAUUAAUGAUAAUCGUUAGUUGUGUAAGCAUAUGUAUUGCUUUAGUUUGUCGAUUGGUUUGUCCCAGAGUUUUGCAAUUUGUUCUUUGUAAAGUGUAAUAAAAGUUCACACAAGAUGAUACACUCAGUGCGUUUUUCCCAUUUAAAGAUUGUGGUGAUACAGAACCUAGCGGGAUGCUGAUUUUUGAUCAUCGAUUAAUAAGUCUGACUUUAAGUAGGAAUAUCUAAAUAGAGGCAAAUAUUUCAUCAUAAUGUUACGAUUACAUAUUUACCACGCGAUCUUAUUUUUUAAGAUCUCAGCGCAAUGUGCAUCUUAAAUUAGUUUUCCCUCCGUCUUUUAGAUUAUUAGUGAUAAAUUAUUUAUUUUUUUAGUAACAAAUUAUAAUUUGUUAUAUUUGAUUUCGAGGUACGUUAGUUGUGAGUAAUGUAACGUUUGAUAUUAGGUAAUAUUAGUUGGCUAAAUUCAUUGGUCACACAUUUUGAAGCUAUUGUAUGCACAAUUAUAGAGCAUUUACAUGUCCGCGUCGCUUUGACUGACCUGGUACAAAACUACCCUCAUCCAGUGCAUUAUAAUUUAAGUAAAUAGGUUUGUAUCAUAAUUUUAUAAUAAACGAAUACAAAUGAUUGUAGGUACAACAGUUGAAUGCUUGCCAGGGCGACGUCGCUUCUAUGAAGCGCUUAAAAAUUCCACAUAUUAUAUUUUUAUUUGCGUAGAAGUAAGAGAAGUUUAUUUAAUCAUUUAUUGUCUAUUUAUGGUUUCCAGUUGUGAGAGUUUUAGAUAAAUUUAGACGUUAGAGUAUUGUUUUUUAUUUUAUUUUAUCGAUAAAUAAUGUAAUGUGAAUUUAUGUACCACUGUCGUGUAAAGUCCUGUAUAGAUUACUUUUUUACUAUGUACAUUUAUUCCUGUCUCUCUUCCAAUAUAGGCUGAAUGAUAAUGGGCUUCAUAGCAUUCGAUGAAAAAAAAUUUGAAUGACUCAAUAUCGUUGGGUUUGUGAUGACAAAACCACACACAUUCCUAAUAAUGUUAUAAAUAUGAUGCCCAUUUUCGCCGAAAUACACAGAUCUCUUUUGAAUUUUAAUCUAAUCUACGACUUGGUAUCACGGUAUUAUUGGGAAUGUAACUUAGAGUUACGUAACGUUUUAUAUUAUAUCGGUGUCUAUGGUAUGUGAUAACCAUAGAUAUAGAGUUGUUGCAACAGUAAUACUCGAUUAUUUAUAUUUUUAUUUA